GCACUCAAUUCUUUAAUGUGAACCAACAGUUUAUAAUGAACUAUAGAAAGUGUACGGGAAUGCAGGACACAGAGGACGCAGAGGUCCAGUUCAAGUGCUUAGGCGACUGGUAUGUCGGCAAAAACCACUACUUCGCUGUCGUCAACUCAAGAGAGUCGCGAAUUGAGGAGAAAUAUCGAUGUUUUUUGGCCAACAGAGACGACGACGUCUUUCUUUCGGUCUCAAUAACGGCCGAAUGCAAUACAUUGCGAUCACCACAAGAAGGUCCCGAAAGAUUAAGACUUUUUCCCGUCAAGACAGAAGUGGUUCCCGCGAAGUGCACUUUACCUCAGAAUUUCACCGGUAUUUGGGUUAAUACGGCUAAUUUUGACGCCGAGGUGUCCAUUAACGCCACUUUUAUGAUCGAGAAGUGGAGACCAGACACCGGAAGAGUCAAACAAGAGGUAUAUGUUUGUCAGGAAAGACGUGGCACACGGUUUGUGAUGGCGAGACUCGGCAUUAACGGCUGCCAAAAAGACUUUGUUUGCUAUGACUUUGUGUCUCGACAUCACAAUAUAAUAAGGUAUCGAAAGGGACAGCCGAUGAUAAUCGACACCUUCGCCACUGUCUGCGCGUGGAAUAUGUUUAACGACGACGAGGAAUGGAAAUACGACCUCAUGAUCGCCAAGAAUCCGAUAUCAAUCAAGUGUCCGAUUGCCGGCAAAUUUCGUUUCCAACAAAGCGGUGACAUUCACUUCGAGACUCGUAUCAGAGGAGGAGUGACACAAAUGCCGAGACCUAAUGUCUACUGCAAAGAAAACAUUUCUGAUUUCUCUGUCUGUGACGCCGACAAGAAGAUCAUUGAAAUUGAUUCCAAUUAUUGUAUAUCUGUUGAUCAUUUCGGACGACCGGUCGAUAUAUACAGCGAACCCGACUAUAAGAUGCAAUGCAUUGGCUUUUGGAAAGAGAAUCUCAAAUCAUAUUUAAUAACAUACGAUCCGUUGGACGCGUACAGCAAAUACCGGUGUUGGGUAUACCAGAGGGCAGAUCUCAAUGUGAUUCUCAUGUCUUUAUCUGUGGGCGCCUUUUGUCACAUCAAACAAGACGUGAGGAGUGGGUUCUCUGCAGAGGGGGCGCAGAUUGCACUCUCUAUGUCCGAAUACGAAAGAGAGCAUGAUGACUGUCCCAUGUAUUUCGAUGACGGAUCCAACCCAUACAUCGAAGUUGUGGAUCAGGUCACAGUCCUAAAGGCCACAAGUGGUGCACAUCUCAUGAAUCAGAGCACAACCAUUACAUUAAUUUUUGUUUCUUUUGUAUUUCACACCAAAAUUUUAUUUUCAAUUUUAUAACUCAAUAACAUUUACAC